AUGGAUUGGGCAAUGAAAUGGCUCCCUCGAAAGUACCGUAAAACCCAGAACGAGUGGUUUGGGAAAAAGGGAAUUAAAUGUAAUGAAUUGCGUUGCUAUCAUAAUGCUGCCUUAAUCACAUGUAUUCAUACCAUUGCUAAGAAACAAGGGCUGAUUCUGAAGAACUACAGUUUCAGUGAGGCAAAUAGUGGUAAAGACGUCUGCGACAGAAAUAUUGCACCACUUAAGSCACAUAUUAACAGAUAUUUGAAUGAAGGUCAUGAUAUCACUUCUGCUGAACAUCUGAAAGAAGCUAUUGAUUCCUAUGGAGGGUUGAAAGGAUGCCAAGCUGCUAUAAUUGAGCUAGAUACAAAGAUACAAAGUGCCACGAAACCUUUUAAAUUAAAAGGCAUUAGCAAGCUUAAACAAUUCGAAUAUAACAUUGAUGGAGAAAUGACGGUAUGGCAGGCGUGGAAUAUCGGAAAGGGUAUGAAAAUAUCGAAGACUGGCCGUCCUCAAGGUGAGACGGGCGUAAUCGUAACGCGGCCAUUUCUUGAACCAAAAGUGACGUCUGGCAUUUUAAAGAAAACUAUAGUGGAACCUUCUUCAUGUCCAGCUCAUGAUUUUUGCUAG